CCUUCUUCCAUGCACGAGAAGGGGAAGGUAUGGUGAAUCGCAGAAGCAACGGUACUCAAGUUAGACCCUAUAUCCGAUCAAGCAAGCCUCGCUUCAAUUGGUCAGAUGAGCUCAAAAAACUGUUUGAUGAAGCAGUGAGAGACCUUGGCUGCCCAAGAAAAGCUACACCUAAGAGAAUCAGAGAACUAAUGAGAUGUUCAGAGAUACAGCUCUCUCAUAUCAAGAGUCGUCUUCAGAUGUGCAGAAUCCGCAUGGAGGAGGGGAGGAGAUCAGGUUCUGAUUCAGCACAAGAGUUACUGUUAACAAGAAAAAGAGAGCCAGUAGAUAAUGUUGAUACCAAUGGAGAUGAGCACAGUAUUGUUGUUGAUGGGAAUGAACAUGAUCAAAUAUAUACAUUUAAAAGGUUAAGAAUGGAGGCACGGUCUCCAUCAAUUCAAGGAAGCUCUGGUGCAGCUACUAGUCAAUUUUAUUUUGAUUAUUUUGACACAGCUCAGUUGAAGUGGAGAGCAGUGACUGAGUUCUCAUGUGAUGAUCUUUUCAGGGAUGAACAAUUAGAUGCCUUCAAGGAAAAUGGAUCUGAGGAAGGGCAUAGCAAGGAGAACACAAAAAAUGAUAAUCUGCAGCUCUCCUUGUCUCUGUCAUCGUCGCCAGAGAAGAUUAAUCUCGAUCUCUCGAUGGCAAUUCUAGAAAGCUGAUUAACCUCUAAUCAUUUUUAUCAUUAGUGAUUAAUUAUGUGUAUAGAUGCAUCCAAUGAGGGACAAUUACU